AUGGCCUGGCCAAAUCCAUUCCGACGCCGAGAUGAAAACACACGCACAGCCUGGGGAUAUACCUUCCAGAUAACAUCUAACCAUCUAACUCUAGAACAGGCCCAUCCCAUGAAAUACACUUAUGAUGUUCUUGGAGAAGAGUGCUACGACAUUUUGAACCGGUUGAGCAGCAGUCUCCCCAAUCAAGCAGAUCCGCAAGUGCGAGACGAUACGCCAUCAGAGAGUGUGGAACACCCUUCGCAGGCGCCUAGCUCGACCUUGAACGGCUCUGCCGAUACGACUCAACCGCCAACACCGUCUCCGAGACCGAAGCGCGACCUCUACCUACUUCUACGGGACCAUCACUCGUCAAAUCCCAAACUUCAAGAACUCUGGGACGAGGUCACCACGGUGCCCAGUUGGGUUGAUUGGGAGCAGAUUUCCCGCGGGCAGGAUGUCUUCUACCGCUAUGGCGCGGCGACCCUUACAGGGCUGGCGUAUCAGUCGCUCCUCGGAGGCAUGGGCGCCAACCGGGUUGUCGAAGUCCUCGCCCGCACGGGCGGCUUCUCGGUCAAGGUGGCGCGGCACCGGCUGUUCGAAACCACACAGCACAUCCUCGAGUGCACGCGAUCUCUCGAGAGCAUCCAGCCCGGCGGUGCCGGCUUUGCGAGCUCGGUGCGAGUCCGGCUAUUGCACGCCGCGGUGCGGCAGCGGAUCAUGCAGUUGUGCAAGACGCGGCCGAGCUACUACAGCGUGGAGAAGUACGGGGUCCCGAUCAACGACCUCGACUGCAUCGCCACCAUCGGCACCUUCUCGGCCACCAUCAUCUACCUCUCGCUGCCUCGGCAGGGCAUCUUCCUGCGCCGGCAAGAGGUCGAGGACUACAUCGCGCUGUGGCGGCUGAUUGCGCACUACGUGGGCACGCCGACCGAGUACUUUGCGACGCCCGAGCGGGCGAAAUGCAUGAUGGAGAGCCUCCUACUGAAUGAGAUCAACCCGUCCAACACGAGCCAGGUGCUGGCCAACAACGUGAUCCGGUGCCUGGAGAACCAGCCGCCGACGUUCGCGAGCCGCUCCUUCCUCGAAGUCAACGCCCGCUGGCUCAACGGCAACGAGCUCGCCGACGCGCUGGGCCUCGGCCGCCCGGGCCCCUGGUACUGGGCCCUCAUGGCCGGCCAGUGCAUCUUCUUCGCCUGCCUGUGCUACACGUACCGCGCGAUCCCGGCCCUCGACCGCCGCAAGAUCGACACCCUGCGCAGGGUCUUCUGGGCCGUCAUCGUCGAGGGCAAGUACGGCCUCGCGGGCGACCAGACCGUCUUCGAGUUCAAAUACGUCCCCGAGUUCGGCCUGGGCACCGCCAAGGGCGAGGACGACGAGACGCGCCCCGCCGAGGUCGGCAUCGAGCGGAGGAACCUCAAUACCCUCCUGGUCGCCACGGGCGUCUUGGUCGGCGCCGCUUGGUUGGGCGUCAAGGUGUCGACGGCGCUGUUGGGCAGGAUGUUUUAG